AUGGUGAAACUCGUCUCAGCUGAUGGUAGCUUUGAAUUGGGAUUUUUCAGCCCAGAUAGAUCAAAAAGCCGAUAUUUAGAAGUUUGUGACCAAGGAAUUCUGGCUCUUCAGAAUAGCACAAAAAGCAUUGUUUGGUCUUCCAAUACGUCAAGAACAGCACACAACCCAGUUGCUCAGCUAUUGGAGUCAGGGAAUUUUGCAGUGAAAGACAGAAAUGAGAGUAGCCUGGAGAACCUUAUGUCGCAAAGUAUUGAUUAUCCUCGUGAUAAUUUUUUACCAGGAAUGAAGCUUGGUAGAAAUUUUGACACUGGUUUUGAGAUAUAUAUAUCAUCCUGGAAAAGCAUAGAUGAUCCAGCUCAAGGCGAAUAUUCUUUAAGGAUAGAUCACCGUGGACUCCUACAAAUAGUGGUCAGGAAGGAAUCAGAAACAUUGUUUAGAUCAGGGGCAUGGAAUGGUCAUUAUUUCCUAGGCCGGAAGCCUAAUCUUAAAUCAGGUACUUUAUGUUCAUAUGAGCUAGUCUUGAACAGGAAGGAGAUAUACUUCAAAUAUGAGCUCCAAAACAAUUCAAUUCUAUUAAGGUAUGCAAUGAACCCGUCAGGUCUCAUGCAACGGUUCACAUGGAACGAAAGGAACCAUGAUUGGCUGAUUUUCUUCACACCUCAGGCAGAUCAGUGUGCUACUUAUGCUUUAUGUGGCGCAUAUGCUACCUGCAGCACCAACGGGUCUCUUCCAUGUGAAUGCCUGGAAGGAUUUGUGCCCAAAACCCCAGCUUUUCGUGAUUGGAAUACAGGAGAAUGGUCUGAGGGAUGUCUUUGGAGGACACCAUUGGUUUGUGAUGGUGGAGAUGGCUUUCUCAAGCAGACUCUGUUGAAAUUUCCAGAUACUUCACAUGCUUGGGCUAACAACACCAUGAGUUAUAGACACUGCAUUAGGCGAUUCUUACAUUAUAGCUGA